AUGUUAACCCUGAGAAGCUGUCGCCUCAUUGUUCCAAAACUCACCGAUAACUGUCGGGCUCUUUUGAGUCAUUCAUCAACAAUUACGAUUUCGUUAAAACAUGUAUCGAUAAAUAACAAUUCAGUAAGACGAGUUAAUUCCGAUAAUUUAUUUCAUAAUUUCGGAGGCACAAAACGAUGUUUUCAUUCCAGCUGCUUCUUCAACAUGGCAAGAGCAUCAACAAAAAACCCUUAUGAAAUUCUUGGAUGUGAAUUCGGAGCAAGCGAGGAUGUGGUGAGAAAGUCCUACAUUAAACUCAGUAAAAAGUAUCAUCCCGAUUUAAACAAAACAGAAGAGGCCAAAGAUAAGAUGGCUGAAAUCAAUGCAGCCUACGCCCAAAUUAAAAAAGGAAACGUUCAAGAUCCAAACAGCGGCCCAUUUCAAGGAACAGGAUCAUCAGAUCCAAAAGGGUUUUGGGGAAAAGAUCCAUUUGGAAGUGGAGCACACUAUAACCCAUUUGAUGUGUUCCCUUUCAAUGAUGAUGACUUUUUGACUAGACUAGAAAAAUAUAAAAGAGGUGAGAAAACGUGGUUUACUGACUCAGAGCAUACAACAUUUAUUGGAUUAAUGAAUAAGCACAGAAAAGAACAAAGAUUAGAAAAGGAGAGAAAAUACCGAGAAAAUGAAAUCAAUAACCAUUUUAAGAACCAACCUGAAAUUAUCAAGAAAAUACUCUUAAAUUCUCCUUUCGUAUUUGCACAUGCUUAUGAUAUCAAGAUGAACGGAAUGACGCCAGUGAAAGCAAUAGCUUUGGGGUUCAAGUUGUUGACCUAUGUUGCUUAUGCAACUGCACUCUAUCUCGUAUUUAAAGGUCUUUCUUCUUUCAUUAAAAGUGGAGCACAAUCUAAAGCAGCCAGAAUGAAAGAAAUUGAGGACUCUCGAUUGAGAGGUGUACAAAACAAUAGAUAUAGAGUAAUGACUUCAGAAGGCUUAAAAGUUGGAAAUGACGGCAAAAAAGGAGUUGGCGAAGAGUACAUACAUACCAGAACCCAACAGUCCUACAUGAGGAGCUUAAGAAAGAAAAUAGAAGAAGAUAAAGAUUUUGGUCAUCACAGACAGGAGACACAAAGUCUUCCGACAAAAACUAACGCACAAUAA